CAAGAUCAUAAUCACUAAAUAAUAAAAUCAAAAAACCAAUCACUGAAUAGUGCAUAAUAAAACAGAAAUGACAUAAAUUAUUUGUUAUAAUGUGCAAUAGUGUUGUAACACGCUUUUAAUUAAAUUUAAUCUAGUUUCGACGUGAACCGGUUUUUAAAAUAUUUGUAAGCCCCGACGGAAUUAUGGAAAGUUCAACAGAUAAGUCAGCACCAAAUAAUGUUUCGGACAAGCACAAAGACCGAUCUUCUAAUGAUAAUCAAAACAACAAAAAAACCAAUAAAGAAAUAAGAGAAGAAUAUUUCAACCAAUUACGGUGUUGGUUGGCUACCGUAAACAGUUAUCAAUGUUUUUAUAAUGAACUACAACAAAAGUCACUUCAAAGUUAUUACCAACAAGUUCCGAAUAAUACCACCGAGGUUCCUAAAGAUAAUACGCCAAACACUGUGCCCGAGGUUGUACCUGAAACACAGACAACUGAACCAAAUCAUUUUGCUGGUAUCCGGUGUCAAAUACCCUCAUUAUGGAAGCGUUUUGGAGCUGAGUUCAUCGAUUUUAUACUGCUAAGUAUCAUCAAGUUUGUGAUUGCAUACUUUGUUGUAGAUUCAUUUUUUGACAUUGAUUUUGGCAAGUAUAACAGUAUUUUUCUGCAAGAUGAUUUUAAUGUGGAUUACUCUACAGCUGUAGAAAUGACAUCUGAAUUAUUUUUCUUAGAAGUUACUCACCGAGUGAUAGUCUGUGUAUAUGAAGUAUAUUGGCUACAAGGUGGAACAUUAUUUCAAGGUGGAGCCACAGUUGGUAAAAUUAUGUUAGAUCUCGCUGUGGUUCGAGCUGAUAAAUUAUAUAAUAUAAGAGGCCAGCCCAAUGAAGUGAUUGCUCUGACUCCUGGUGGUGAUCUUGGUUGGAAACGUGCUACACUUCGUUCAAUCACUAAAAACUUGUUCUUUGCAUUCUUGUUUCCGUUACCUUUUAUCACAGCAGCAGCUAAUCAAAACAGAUGUGCUUAUGAUGUCUUGUGUGGAUCAAUGGUAGUUGAAGUUAUACAACCACUUAGAUGUGAUCAGUCUGAACUCAUUCCUAUUACAUAGUUUUAAAUAAAUAAUAAUAUGUAUACAUCAGAAAAGUACACUCUAACCUAUUUUUAGUUAGUAUGUUAUUUAAUCAUAAUAAGGAAUAUUAUAUUUCGAAAUGAAAAGUUUAUUGUCUUGAUUUGGGAAUAACAUUGAACAUUUUGAAUUAAA